AUGGACAGUGUCCAUACUGCCAUUGCUUGGUACCAGACUAAGAUUGGGGCAUAUGAUAAACAACUUUGGGAGCAGUCAGUUGAGAAGAAAUUACAGAAGCAGCCACAGUUUGUCUUACAUUCUGCCCCAAGAAAGAAGGUCCGUCUGAAGACAGAGUAUAUUGAUGUAGAUCUGAUUCAAGGCUCAUCAUUUACCAAGUCAAAGCCGCAGGUACCAUGGGUGUAUAUCACACGCAAGGCUGUUGCUCGGGUUGUGUUUUUUCCAUUUUACUACCACUGGUGGGUACAUCAGACCUCCAAAAGACUGUAUUACAUAUUAAUGGCCCUCUACAUUUUACAAGUGGUGACAGUCCUUGUCUACGUCAGCAACUUUGACAGUAUUGAAGACGAACUGUCGUUCACAGAAGUGAUUGUUCCAGUGAUUCUAAUGUUCCUGUUAUGUCUGAUCCACUCCCAGACGGUUCUGGCUCACAUUAACCACAAGCCGCCCAAACCCAACAAGACAAUAUCAGGGGUGAUCCGAAAACCUCGUCUGAAAAGGCCUUCCCGCAGGACCAGGUCUUCUGACAACAACAGCACUUGCCUAGAAGAGGAUGGAAAUACGGGACCAUCCAAAAAAUCUGGCCGACCUAGCACUGCUGAAUCCCUCUCCUCAAAGGUCACCUCUCAGAAAUGUCCUGACCCGGUUAUAUCUUCUUCCAUUGACAUGGAGAGUAGUCUAAUGUCUCGUUCCGUCAGCGACUAUGACCUCAAACCAGCAAUCAACUCCACUCAAAAUGAAAUCCACCCAGCUGCUCCUUCUUUUGUUGUUCAAAGCCACAAGAAUAUGUUAAAAAAUGAGGCACGUCAGCCAGCAAGCAGACACAGUGAGAGAAACUCUUGCAGCAGUAGAGAAAGUGGUCACACUUGGGACCAGGAGGCAAAUACUUACAAUCCACUGACUAAAUGGGGAGAUGGGUCUACUGACCAAUCACAAGCUGUUCCAAUAUCAGGUUGCAGUUACAACCUACUGGACAACCUUCCAAAUCUGCUGACAGUAGAGAAAAUUGUCCGUGAUGUUCCAUUCGAAAACAAGAGUGAAGAAACUAUAAAUGAACCAGUGGAGAGGGUAAGUUGCAGGCAACAAGGGCAGAUUUCUGAUGUUAGUGCUGGGCAAAGGAACUUAAACUUUGAUUUGGAAGAACAGAUUGACAAAGAAGGUAUUAAUUCUGAUCGUUGUGAGAAUGAUGAAAGUCAUGAAGAGGAGAAUGAGAAGUUGAAGUUGUGUUGUGGAUUUGUUGAAAGUAGUCAUAUGCAUGGAACUAGUUGUGCUGUUGAUAAUGAUGGGGGGUGGGAUGUGUCUGAUUGUAAGCAUUCCCCAGAAACUUGUGGAGAUAAGGGAGAGCCUGUUGAUAUCAUUGGUGGCGCUAGCAGUAUUGACAAAAGAUCAUAUUCUUUUGACACUUCAAAUAAGUGUUUAAUUAAAACUUCAGUUCACUCAUUGAUUAAUGAGGAUGUUUGCAGUGAUUCAGACAAAAAUAAUCAACCAGGUGCAAACAUCAAGACAUGUAGGAUGACAACACACAAUUUACUUGCAGACAGAAACAGACUUGAUUGUCGUUGUAAAUCACCCAAGGGGCAUCCAUCUUGCACCAAUAACCACAGUUCAUCACAUUUUGAACUUAUUGACCACCAUGUGGUUUAUGAGAACACUAUUGCAGACUGUUUAAGUGGAGCAGCACUGUCCACUUAUGCAGUACCUCCUGCUUCUAGUCAGACCUACCCAAGAAAUGUGUUGUCUCACUUGGGACCUUCAGCUACCAGCACUCUUUCCUUGACUGCCACCGUCUCAUCAUCAUCAUGUGAAACACUCCAGAAUUAUCUAGUCCCCUCCUCAUCACCACCAACACCACUACCAACAACAGCUCAAAAAUCAUCCAGACAGCAGCAUCACCAGCAUCACAAUAAUGAUCUCAACACCAUGUCACAGCCUUGUCAUUUACCUGAGUCAUUCACAAUCCACAAUGGGCUUGACGAUGAGAAGAAUGAUCUGGCCGAGGAAAGCCUGGAGCAGGUCAACUUCUCUGAAGGAGAACGACACACUGAUGACCUGUCCAACUACAACGCAUCUGACUCUGAUGAUGUGGACACCGAUGGUUCCCAGACUGAAGUUCCCAGAAUGUAUGAGGAAAAGUGGAAGAGGCUGAGAUUCCAAGAGCAGGCAUCAGAAAGUGAAUGUCCUGAUAAUUUUUUUUCCGAAGACAGUAGAUACAUUGAGUCAGGUACAACAGCAACAGCAGUAAAAUCUGGGAGGGCAUCUACGAGAAAAGAUACUGCGCUCAGCAAAACAGGAAUUCUCUCAGCUGGGAGUGAGUCAUCCAGGUUGGUGGUCGGAAUCCUGACAAGACAGUCAUCACCUUUGAAAGAUUUAACCAUGGGAAGAAAAGCAGCCACCAGCAGACCAGUUAUUACCUCAUCAGGUAGUGAUAAAGGACAGAGUGAGCCACACAAUCCGCUGCGACGACGCAGGCGCACUUCUGGAAAUUCACAUGACGUCGGUGAGACAAGCAAGACCAGGAGUGUGCCCUGCAUUGUUGGAGUUCGUCACCAUGAGGCCAAGAAGAGACACAUUAGUUCUUCUGAAAACGAAGCUGCUUGUUUGCUCACCCCAGAAGAGUCAAAUAAGGCCACACUGAGCUCUGAGGAGUGGGAAGACAGGAUCCAGUCUGAUGAGACAACAUCCUCUGCCUACUCCAGCAAUAGUGAGAUAGAUUCAGAGGAGAAGGUGCAGGAGGAAGCUGAUGACAGAGCAGAAUAUACCAGCAGUAAUUUUAACGUCAUCAACUUGCUGCAGCCCCAAACUGGAUCUCCUACCAGCCUAGGGAUUGCAACCCAGCCUGAUAGAGUCUCUUGUUUGAUUUGGGAGAGAAAUGAGUGCAAGAAAACUGACCUAACUGCUCUGGACAUUGGCUGGGCGAUCAUAGACAAGGUGGACAGUCUUCCGGGAAUCUUCAGACUAUUUUAUUAUUGGUCUGUUGUACCCUUGGCAUUUCGAGCUUAUGCCAACAAGGAUUUGCCAGGUGCUGAAGACUUCCUGACCUGGCCUGGUCUUGUUGCCAAGUUAGCUGAAUUUUCGUCAGUAAUAAUUACCACAUACUCUUGGAGGCAGUUGCUUCUUAUGUUCAAUGGGAUCGUGCAGAGGAUAUUCUUGAGUCUCAUAUUCUUCUUUCUGCUGUGUGUGGCAGAUCGUACGUUCAAACAGCGUUUGCUGUAUGCUAAGCACUUCAGCUACUUGACCUCCUUUAGACGAGCCCGCAAAUUCUCCAUGCCUCACUUCAGACUCAACAAAGUCCGCAACAUCAAGAUCUGGUUGUCCCUCAGAUCUUAUUUAAAGCGACGAGGCCCUCAGAGAUCUGUUGACGUGAUUGUGUCUGCUUGUUUCCUGGUUGCAGUCAGCAUCGUGUGUCUUGUUUCUAUACAAAUGUUGAAAGACACAGUCAGCUUUCUGGACUAUUUGUGCAACUGGGAGCUGCUGGUCUGGUGCAUUGCCCUGGCUGUCUUCCUGAUGCGGUUCAUGACCCUUGGUCUGAAGAUCAACAAGAAGUACGGCAACCUCUCUGUGCUGAUCACAGAACAGAUCAACCUCUACCUGCAGAUGGAGCAGAAGCCUCACAAGAAGGAGGAGUUGAUUCUUGCCAACAAUGUGCUUCGUUUGGCAGAAGACCUUCUCAAGGAAUUGGAAAGCCCUUUCAAGAUAUCUGGUUUUUCUGCCAACCCACUGAUCUACAAUAUUCUGCGUGUGGUGGUGCUGUCAGCUUUCUCAGCUGUCCUCACUGAAGUCCUUGGAUUCAAGCUCAAGCUGCACAAGAUCAAACUCAAAGGCUAA